AUGGUGUCAGGAGGCAGCAAAAUGAGGACCUCCUUCCCCAGCGUGGGACCCCCAGAGGACCUCCUUCCCCAGCGUGGGACCCCCAGAGGACCUCCUUCCCCAGCGUGGGACCCCCAGAGGACCUCCUUCCCCAGCGUGGGACCCCCAGAGGACCUCCUUCCCCAGCGUGGGACCCCAGAAGACCUCCUUCCCCAGCGUGGGACCCCCAGAAGACCUCCUUCCCGGGCAUGGGACCCCCAGAGGACCUCCUUCCCCAGCGUGGGACCCCCAGAGGACCUCCUUCCCCAGCGUGGGACCCCCAGAGGACCUCCUUCCCCAGCGUGGGACCCCCAGAAGACCUCCUUCCCGGGCAUGGGACCCCCAGAGGACCUCCUUCCCAGCGUGGGACCCCCAGAAGACCUCCUUCCCCAGCGUGGGACCCCCAGAAGACCUCCUUCCCCAGCGUGGGACCCCCAGAAGACCUCCUUCCCCAGCGUGGGACCCCCAGAGGACCUCCUUCCCCAGCGUGGGAUCCCCAGAGGACCUCCUUCCCCAGCGUGGGACCCCCAGAAGACCUCCUUCCCAGCGUGGGACCCCCAGAAGACCUCCUUCCCCAGCGUGGGACCCCCAGAAGACCUCCUUCCCCAGCGUGGGACCCCCAGAGGACCUCCUUCCCCAGCGUGGGACCCCCAGAAGACCUCCUUCCCGGGCAUGGGACCCCCAGAGGACCUCCUUCCCAGCGUGGGACCCCCAGAAGACCUCCUUCCCCAGCGUGGGACCCCCAGAAGACCUCCUUCCCAGCGUGGGACCCCCAGAAGACCUCCUUCCCCAGCGUGGGACCCAGCUUCCACAGUUUCACCAGCCCCCAACCAUCUUUAUUCAAACUAUGAAUCCAUCAACACAUUGAACGUGACCUGCCUGGCCCAGAGCCUCGUGACCCCGGGCCUGUGGGAACCCCACGGACUUGCCACUGUGGUCAUGCUGCCCCUCCCCUCCGAGGCCUAA